AAAGGGCGAGGGGAAACCUCGUCUGUGUUUUUGCGCUUGCACGGCGAACAGACAAGCGACCAAACGCUGAAACUGUGGAUGUAUUCCUCCCUGAGGUCUGAAACUUCUGCGGGACUCUUCUGAAAUACCCCUUGAAAGGAUGUGGACAAAGGGGAGGUUUGCCUCACCAUCCGUGCAGGACAACCCCGGCUUCGCUUGCCCCUGUCUUAUAAUUAGGGAGAAGAAGAAGAAGAAGAAGGAUCACCCCUCAACCUCUUUCCUCUUCUCCUUCCUCUCCUCCCUCCUGGUUAUACACCUGUCUGUCCACCUAUUGAAAUUGAAUCUAUCACAGGUCGAAUUUACUUGUGCUUCCAGCUGACUGACCGUGUCCCUCAGCCAGUCAAACGGACUCGGGCCAACGUGAAUAGUUGGCUUGGUGAAUAGUUAAACAAGCGCGGUGGCGAUGACUUGUUUUGCAACACAAUGCGUCUGCAGGUGAAGAGAGGAGCCCGCCAUCGCGUCAUCGACGUCCAUUCCGGCUCAUGUAACCAGUCAGACAGUCGUAGUCCUGUGUGGCAUGUGCGACGGGCUCCGCAGUGCAACUGUGCUUGGACACUGAUUUACAGCCACAGUGGCGUUCCAUAUGAAUUUUUAAUGUCAAUUUAAGAGACUAGUUAAUGAUCACUGCUACUAAGCCGCCCUAUGGUAUCCUAUGAGUAAUGUAAGUCAGCGUUGACCCUAGAGUGACUUUCCCUGUAACCGUUCUUCUUUCAAAGCCUCUACUAAAAGCUUCGCGCUCAUAUUACCUACCAACACUGCCCCCCUGCCCGGUUCUCAGCACGGUUCUGUCUAACACAGAUGGAUACGGAAUGCAGCAGCAGGAUGUCUGAGUUUAGCGAAGAGCCGCGCUUCACUAUUGAGCAGAUAGAUCUGCUGCAGCGGCUGCGUCGCACCGGCAUGACCAAGCAGGAGAUCCUGCAGGCACUUGACACUCUGGACCGGCUGGACCGGGAGCAUGGCGACAAGUUUGGCCGCCGCACCUCUUCUUCCUCCUCCUCCUCAUCCUCCUACGGAGUAGGCGGGGCAAACGGCUGCACCAACAACUCUGCCUCCAACACAACUACCACGCCAUUCAACAAUAACAACACUGCCUCUGCAACCAACACCUCUUCCGUAGCAUGCAAUGGGAACAGCAGCGCCGUCAGCAGUGUCGAGGGAAGCGCCGCCGCCUCUUCCACAACCUCCAAAAUCUCCACCGCCACACAGACGCAGUUCGGCAGCGGCGGAGGACUCUCGUCGCCGUGUCCCAGCAACAGCUACGACACCUCCCCGCCUCCGGGGCCGCCACCGCCCUCUGCGAUCCUGCCAUCACCCGUCAGCUUGGUGGCGCUGUCACAGAACGGGCGUGACAGCUUAGCUGCUACACCCAACGGGAAGCUGUCUCCUCCGCGUUAUCCAGUGAACAGCGCGGCUGCAGCGCGGGCGUUUGGGUUCGAAGCCACAGAAGAAGACCUGGACAUCGACGACAAGGUGGAGGAACUGAUGAGGAGGGAGAGCAGUAUGGUGAAGGAGGAGAUCAAGGCGUUCCUGGGGAACAGGAGGAUCUCUCAGGCCGUGGUGGCACAAGUUACCGGCAUCAGCCAGAGCAGGAUCUCCCAUUGGCUGCUGCAGCACGGCUCCGACUUAAGUGAGCAGAAGAAGAGGGCCUUCUAUCGCUGGUACACGCUGGAGAAAACCACACCAGGUGCCACCCUCAACAUGCGUCCGGCCCCGUUGCCCCUGGAAGAGAUGGAGUGGAGGCAGACCCCGCCCCCCCUCACCACCGCCCCCGGCACCUUCCGGCUGCGUCGGGGAAGUCGCUUCACCUGGAGGAAAGAGUGUCUGGCCGUGAUGGAGAGCUACUUCAACGACAACCAGUACCCAGACGAGGCCAAGCGGGAGGAGAUCGCCAACGCCUGCAACGCUGUGAUCCAGAAACCAGGGAAGAAGCUGUCCGAUCUGGAGAGGGUCACUUCGCUGAAAGUCUACAACUGGUUCGCCAACCGCCGCAAAGAGAUCAAGAGACGGGCAAACAUUGAAGCCACAAUCCUGGAGAGCCAUGGGAUCGACGUCCAGAGUCCCGGGGGCCACUCCAACAGUGACGACAUCGACGGGAACGACUUCUCCGAGCAGGCCUGCGACCUUCCCUACUUCGACAAGAGACCCCUCAGCCGACCGUUUGGCCUUUACCGACUGGAGCCCACCUCGCCGACACAGUGUCUUAGUGUGUGUCUUCCCCAGGGAGCACUGCUCUCGGCCACGGUCCAAAACCAGGCCAAGAGAAACAAGCGUUCAAAUCAGGCAGACGUUAAAAAGGAUGACAGCGCGGCGCACAGCGAGCACCAGGACCCCAUCUCCCUCGCCGUGGAGAUGGCUGCCGUCAACCACACCAUCCUGGCGCUGUCCAGAACCGGAGGGGUCCCCAACGACAUCAAGACGGAGUCCCUGGAGGAUGAAUGAACUGCACAGGAAACUGGGAUGGAGGAGUGGAAAAGGUGGGAAAUGGGGGCUUGGGAAAAAAAGAAAAGAAAAGAGACUGCUACUUAGUAAACCUUCUAAAUCUGAACCUCAGUCGGCCGCCCUGCCAACUGUCGCGACUUCCUCGGCGUCCCUCCUCCCACAAAGUCCAUGUAAACAGUAAUUACCCACCACCCCCACCCAAUAUAUUGACGCAGCUCGCAGAAAUGGGUCACUAUAUGUCCUCUGAUGUGUGAAAAAUAUACCGUGGAAAGAAGAAAUGGUGGCAAUCCAGGCCUGACUCAUCUUGGAUUGUGUCUCCCAGGAACCUCCCCCACCUCCCUCUGUAGACCCUCUCCUCACAGGAUACCUCUGCCUCACUCCCCAGCUCUCCAGCCUGGUCGUCUGAGCCGAUCCUCAGUCUUAUCUCACCUCAACGUCAACCUCAGAAAAAUAACGUGUACUGUAUAUAUGAUAUAAAUGUAUAUAUAUAUAUAUGGUUCUUAUGGUUCUCAGUCGCACUCACCUCACGGUGUGGUACCUACCAACCUACCUGCCCCUCAAAAUGUCGCCGUCUUCAUUGUGCAAUUCAUGGAAAGAGCGGCCUCCACCUACCGUCUUGGGAAAGAUGGAUGGACCCACUCCGGGGCACCGAGGCUGACGGUAAGGAUCAUACACGCCACACAGGACUGUCCCGUCCCUGUCCUCGCCCUCUAUAGUUGACAUUCCUCUGUGGAAUGGCUUUGUUUUCCUACAGUAGAGCUGCUGUUGGAUGGAAACCUAUAAAAAAGACCUAGCCUUAACCUCAUACACACAGCCACACCGUUCCUUUUUUUUUUUUUGCAGGUUUGUCGAGUUUAUUUCCUGACAAGGGUGAAUAAUACACUUUCUAAUUAUGCAUAAGAAAACACCAGAAUCAAUGUGAAGGUUUAGAUCCAACAGCAGCAUUUCCCCGAUGUGUUCAGCCCAAGCAGUGACUGGAUAUACAGUCAUUUUAUCGCCUUGGUAUUUAGCUUCCCAGUGACACUGCUGUUAAACACCCCAAGGCCGUGAGAAUCAAUUUAGGGGUCAAUGUGAUAAUCGAGCAAACGUAAGGUAAUGAGGGGAAAUUGUGCUUUGUUUUUAAAUGUCACUCAUGCCAAAGGAAAAGAUGCCGGGAGCAAAAAAAAGCUAAGAGGUGAAGCCAAGGCUGAUCCGAAAACGGUGUUCGCGUCUAUCCAAAGUGAUUUCUACUAACUCCUUUGGCGUCUGCAGUAGUUCCUCUCAUAUUCAAGCGAAGCCUCUCAGCCAGCGUGGCGUCGCACAGUAUGCGGGCAUGACACGACAGCAGGCCUGUGUCAGUAAAGAUGGGUAUAAGUAGCCGCGCAUAGGGUUGAAAUACCCCUAAGCUAUUAAACACUUGUUCUGUGAUGUUGCCUCUUUAUAAUCGCCUAAAGAAAUGUGCUUUGAGAAGAUUGUUGUUUUUUUUAAAUAUCAGUGGUAACGAUUUAGACUAAAUUCCCAUUGGAGAUGGUUUAGAGUAUAUCAAAAUAACAUCAAUUUUUUUUGUUUUUGUUUUAUUACAUCUGUAAAGCCUCAACGGUCAGUGCACCACUUUGAAGGGAAUCAGAAUCGAAGACACUUCAAGUGGUGACACGGGGAAACAAUUAUCCACCGUUUCUUCUUUUUCGCCCUGGGUGGUAAUUUUCCAAAACCGUCUUUGGUUGAAGGUCGCUGUUAAAUCAUAAGCGUAGAUGAAAUGACGUGUUCCUUCAAAGUUUCAACUAGGUCCUGACUUUGUCAAGUGUUAGCGCUUUCUUCAGAUUUUCCCUAAUAUUAUUCCUUAUUAUAGUGGUUCAAAUAUUUUGGAAAAUACACGUAUUGUUUUUUUUGCCAAGAGUUGGCUAAGAAGAUUGGUAACACGCUCACGUCUGUACACUAAAUGGGAAGCUGAGAUCGUUAGCUGUUAGCCAUUGUUAGCACAAAGACUGGCAGCGGGGGGGGAGACGGCUAACCUGGCUUAUUCCAAAUGUCUGAACUAUUUCUUUAAAGGAACGCCUGCCUUAGUGAUGGUUUUGGAGAAGUGGGAAAAGGGAGUAACCAGGAGUAUCUGAACAAGAAACCCAACGAAUUGGUGACGCAUCACAUAAUCAGGUACCCGGGUCCUGCUCGUAGAAUAGCUUCCAGCCCCAUGCUCUAGUCUAGUAAACUGUAUUUAAUAAUAAUUCUUCCACGUGUGCGACUCCGCACUGGGACCUUUUUGUUUCAAAAAGAAAUUGUUAAAAACAUGUAUUUAUACUCGGUUUUUAUGGUAAUGUACAAAAAAAAAAGAAUGAAACAUGCUUUUAUUGUUAAUCAUGCCUUUUUAAAUUUCUCCUGACUUAUUUUUCUAUUCACACUUAAACAAGUUUCUUUUUACGUUUUGCGUCACCUUUGUUCUGCUGAACAACAGUCUCCCCCCGUUUGUGUGAGCUAUUUUGUGAAAGAUUGAAAAAAAAAAUAUGAUGCACCUUAUUAAAAUUAAGAAUCGCCGUUGACUAAGCUUGAAAAUUUAGCCUUCCCUCUCGCAAACCUUCCUCUGGAAAAGACAAGACGUCAAAUAUAAAAUAAAAAGGGGCUGGUGUGAAUAAAGAUUACCAAUACAGCUGCUUCUGACGCCAUAUGUUGAAUAAAUAUGUGCUGUUCUUUUGAAAACGUCACACCAAACUUCAGAGAAAUCUUAACAUUUUAACAUGGACUUCCUUUUUCUGCAAGUGUAUAACUCGAUACACGGAAGAAAGAAAAAAGAUUUCAGUUUGGUUCAAAUGUCUGCAUCUGAAAUGGACACUUAAAAAAAAUGGCAGAAGUGGAACCGAGGGUUUAGCUCUACUACUGUGGGUGUGACAACAAAAAUUACAUUUUAAUUAUGAGGUGAACUAUUCCUUUAACGAUUGAUUCACAACUUGUUUGCCAAGCAAAGGAGUUGCCCAAAUACUUUUUUACUUGAAGGAUUUUUCCUUUUCGGUGGAGUUUGGUGUGACCCCCCACUCCCCCUCUAAUGCUUAAGAAUGUUAUGUUUUAAACUGUGGAUUAUCAUGCGUGGAAAGGAAAAGAAAUCAAGAGUGCAUUUAGAGAUUACUCUCUCGGGGCAAAACACUUCAACGAAUUGCAGACGCUGUGGCCCAAUUAGCGAGUACAAACUUUUAAUCCAUCAGUAUUUUUGUGAGAGAGAGCUCAAGCCCGACAAGUGUUCAUGGGAUGGAAAGAAAGAACCCUCAGGUGCAUCGGAAAGUGAAACAGAAAAACCAUGAACUGACACCUGAAAACAGGCUUUCUCCUCCUCCACCGCCAGUGCUCACCCUGAAGGGGGCGCCCUCUUGUGGUGCGUCAGGGUCCACGCGUCCAAACGUCCCGUCCCGUGAAAUGCCAUCCGCCUCAUCCCGACAUCGCCCCGAGAAAAGAUGACUGAACGCUGUUGUAUCGAUCUCCAAUCUAGUUAUGUUCACAGUUACUGUAUUGCCCAUUUUCAGAAUUUAGUGCCUUUUUUGGACAGUAGACUGUUCUGUAAUUAAGAUGUAGUAUAUAUACAUUUUUUUGUACAGUUUCUUUGUUCAUUUUUUAAACUUGUGUUUAUUUUAGUAUGAUAUAUAUAUAUAUAUAAAAUGUACAAGAGAAUAAAGCUAUAUCAAUGAGA